AUGGCGGCGGUCGAGGGGACGACGAAGAAGAAGGUAAUCAUCGACACGGACCCCGGAAUCGGUAGUCCAGUAACCGAUCCGCUGUUCGACGGAGCAGAUGACGCGAUGGCCAUCUUCGUGGCACUGCGGUCGCCGGAGCUGGAGGUGCUGGGCCUCACCACUACCUUCGGCAACGUCCACACCGCCCUCGCCACGCGCAACGCGCUCCACCUGUUGGAGGCUGUUGGAAGGACAGACAUCCCCGUGGCAGAGGGAUCCCAUGUAACAAUCAAGAAAGUUACCAAGCUGAGGAUCGCAAGCUUCGUCCACGGUUCAGACGGCCUGGGAAACCAGGACUUCCCUCCACCGGCUACCAAGCCUGUAGAUCAGUCGGCUGCUGCCUUCCUGGUUGAGCAGGCAAAUCUGUACCCUGGACAAGUUACCGUCGUCGCCCUCGGUCCACUUACCAACCUUGCUCUGGCAGUUGAGCUUGACCCUUCGUUCCCGAAGAAGAUAGGGCAGAUUAUUAUUCUUGGCGGUGCAUAUUCAGUUAACGGAAAUGUGAACCCUGCAGCUGAGGCAAAUAUCUUUGGGGAUCCUGACGCGGCAGAUAUUGUGUUCACCUGCGGUGCUGAUAUUUUGGCUGUGGGACUAAAUGUAACCCACCAAGUAGUUCUAACCGAUGCUGACCGGGAGAAGCUUGAACAGUGUGAUAGCAAAUAUGCCCGCUACUUAUGCAAGAUAAUGGGCAUUUAUUUUGAUUACCACAAGGAUGCCUACUUCAUAAAAGGAGUGUAUCUUCAUGAUCCAACAACGCUUAUUGCUGCGGUGAAUCCAUCGCUGCUGACUUACACAGAAGGUGUUGUGAGGGUACAGACGGUUGGAAUCACAAAGGGCCUUACUGUUUUCGAUAACACCAAGAAAAGGUACGGAGAGAUCACAGCCUGGACUGGCAUGCCCACCGUGAAGGUCGCUGUCACCGUCGAUGCCCCUGCCGUGGUAGAGCUGAUGAUGCAGAGGCUGAUGACUGAUGACUAG